CCCCGGAGCUCCAGAGGACACAGAUCAAUGUGAAUUCUUCCAUUCACCACUCACUGCAGCGCAGCACAUCUCCUCCUCCAAGCAACAUUUUAAUGGCUCGAGCUGAGCUCAGCAUUGGGCUUCUGCUCUUGCUGACCUGUUGCUUAUCCAAUGCACAGGGCUGGAGUUGGCUGUGGGGGGGUUCGAAGGAAGAAACCCUCCCACCCACAGAAGCUGCUGGUACUACUGAGGAGCAGACGGCACAGCAACUUGCCACGCCUGAGGCUGCCACCCUGAACACCCCCCUUGAAAUCACUACCCAGCAGAAGGGAAGAGUGUGGACUAUAUUCACCCUGAAGAGGCCGGACUUGACUGCAGCCACAACGAUCCCUACAGCUACAUCAUCUUCUGAGCUGGAAAGCAGAGAAGGAAAUAUUGCAGGGGUAGGGGCUGAAAUAUUAAACGUUGCUGAGGGAAUCAGAAAUUUGGUUCAGCUCUGGGACGAGAAGACAACCACAGGGACGGAGAGGACCGAGGCACCUGCAACAGCUGAUCUUCUGACAGCAGCUCCCACCCCUGUGACGGAGGCAGUGAGCAUCCAGAAUGCUACUGCCAACUCUACCGGCAAUGUGCAGACCUCCCUGGAAGCUGGGCAGCCAGAGCUGGUUCUCUCAGUGACUACAAAGCCUGCUGUUCUCUGGAACAAGACUAAAGUCCUCUUAAAGAAGCCUGAGACUCCACCCCCAGAAAACUUCAGCACAGAAGUUGGCCUCUUGGAGCUGAUUGGAGAUCCCCCACCAGACCAGAUAACCAAAGUGUAUGGCCCAGACAACAGCCCUGGCUAUGUGUUUGGACUGGAUGCCAACACUGGACAAGUGGCACGUUACCACCUCCCCAGCCCGUUUUACAGAGACUUCUCGCUCUUGUUCCAUGUGCAGCCCACCACAGACAAGGCAGGGGUCCUUUUUGCUAUCACGGAUGCCUCCCAGUCAAUCAUUUAUGUUGGCGUGAAGCUAUCAGAGGUGAAAGAUGGGAAACAGCAGAUCAUCUUCUAUUAUACGGAGCCUGGCUCUCAGAACUCCUAUGCCGCUGCUGCAUUCACAGUGCCUUCCCUAGUCAAUCAGUGGACUCGCUUUGCCAUCAGUGUGGAGGAUGAGGAAGUCGUUCUCUAUGUAGACUGUGAGGAGUUUGAGCGGGUCCGUUUUGAACGCUCGCCUGAUGAGAUGGAGCUGGAAGAUGGCUCAGGGCUUUUUGUGGCACAAGCUGGAGGAGCUGAUCCCGAUAAAUACCAGGGUGUAAUUGCAGAAUUGAAAGUGAAAGGAGAUCCUCGCGCAGCUGAUGUCCAGUGUGAGGAAGAUGAUGAUGAUUCUGAUAUGAUAUCUGGAGAUGGUGGAAGUGGAGCUGAAGAAAGGCCGCAGCCGUCAGAAAAGGAAAAGGUAAAGGUAUCACUCUCAAGUCUGCCAGAACCACCACCUGUCACCUCUCCCCCAAUUGCCAAAAAGCCCACCCAGCCAGAAGAGAAACUCCACCUGCAAACUGAAUUAACCAAACUAGAAGAGGGGCCCCCAUUGUCUUCAGGAGUUGGAGUCAAAGGAGAAAAAGGAGACCCUGGUGAAAAAGGUGAACGUGGCACAAAAGGGGACUCUGGAGUUGGUGGAGUUCUGCCGACAAAUGGUGCUAAAGGCGAAAAGGGAGAAAAAGGAGAGCUGGGUGUGAAGGGAAAUGCCGGCUUUGGAUAUCCAGGCGCAAAAGGACAGAAAGGGGAGCCUGGUGACCAAGGGUCUCCUGGCCCUGCUGGGCCCCCAGGCCCCCCUGGGACCAUCGUGCAGCGCCCUGACGGUUCUGUGGUGGAGCAGGUUGCUGGGCCUCCAGGACCCCUGGGGCCACCAGGGCUGCCUGGGAAAGAUGGCUUGCCUGGAAAGGAUGGAGAGCCAGGAGAUCCUGGUGAGGAUGGUAAACCAGGUGAUGUUGGCCCUCAAGGAUUCCCUGGGACGCCGGGAGAGCCUGGCCAGAAAGGUGAAAAGGGUGAUGCAGGCAUUGGUCCAAGAGGUUCUCCUGGGCCACCAGGGCCACCUGGGCAACCAGGAUUCAGUUCAAAACUGGACAAGUUGACAUUUAUCGAUAUGGAAGGCUCUGGUUUUGGAGGGGAUUUGGAAACCUUACGUGGCCCCAGAGGACAACCCGGGCCCCCAGGACCACCUGGUGUGCCUGGCUUGCCAGGACAACCUGGAAGAAUUGGGACGGAUGGCAGUGACCUUCCAGGGCCCCCUGGCCUCCCUGGAGUGCCAGGUCGAGAUGGCAGCCCAGGACCUCCAGGGCCUCCUGGCCCUCCCGGUUCUCCAGGAAAAGAUGGGAUAGCUGGCCAGCCUGGGCUGAAUGGAGCUAGUGGAGAACCAGGAGAACUAGGCCUCCCAGGAGCACCUGGACCUAAGGGCAGUAAAGGAGAUGCAGGGUUGCCGGGAGCACCGGGUGAAACUGGCCUGGCAGGCCUUCCUGGGCCCAUGGGUCCCCGAGGACAACCUGGUCCUCCUGGCCCACCUGGGCCAGCCUUUGGGCCUGGAUUUGAUGACAUGGAGGGCUCAGGGCUGCCGUUGGUUUCUGCUGUUCCUGGAGCACGUGGACCAGAAGGGCCACAGGGAGAACCAGGAGAACUAGGCCUCCCAGGAGCACCUGGACCUAAGGGUGAUGUCGGCAGCCCUGGUCUCCCAGGUUUGCCUGGAGUGAAGGGAGACCCUGGAUUGGCAGGUCUGGAUGGUCGUCCUGGGCUAGAGGGUUUCCCGGGACCACAGGGAACAAAGGGUGACACUGGAGACCCAGGGCCCAAAGGUGAACGAGGUCAAGAUGGAAUAGGGCUGCCAGGUCCCCCUGGACCCCCCGGCCCUCCAGGACAAGUCAUCCUCCUGCCCAGUGAUGAUAAAACCUUACCUACUCUGCCAGGCCCAGAGGGCAAACAAGGGCAUGCUGGCUUCCCAGGGCCAGUGGGACCAAAAGGUGACAUAGGAUCUGCAGGUGUUCCGGGCUCUUCAGGUCCAAAGGGUGAAAAAGGAGAGCCAGGGGUUAUAAUUGGUCCUGAUGGGACAGUCAUAGCAACUAAUCCAAAAGGAGAAAAGGGUGAACCAGGCCUGCAAGGACCUGUGGGACCAGCAGGGCCACCUGGGCGGCAUGGACAGAAAGGAGAAAUCGGCUUUCCUGGAAGACCUGGCCGACCUGGUAUGAACGGGUUGAAAGGAGAAAAAGGUGACCCAGCAGACGCAAGUGGAGGGCUGGGCUUAAGGGGUCCUCCAGGGCUCCCUGGCCCUCCUGGGCCCCCAGGUCCUCCGGGCAGCAUAGUGCCUAUUUAUGACAACAAUGCAUUUGGUGAAGUGGGACCACCGGGGCCUCCAGGAUUGCCUGGCUACCAUGGUUCUGCUGGUCCGAAGGGAGAAAAAGGUGAUGUGGGUCCUCCUGGGCCCCCAGGCCAGUUCCCUUAUGACCUCAGCAGAUUUGGCUCCACCUUCAGGGGAGAAAGAGGGGACAGAGGGGACCCAGGGCUGAAAGGUGAAAAGGGUGAGCCAGGCGGAGGAGGAUUGUUUGGAUCAAGUGCUGUUGGACCCCCAGGCCCCCCAGGAUAUCCUGGUCUUCCGGGCCCCAAAGGGGACAGUAUUAGAGGGGCCCCUGGCCCUCCUGGCCCCCAAGGGCCUCCUGGCGCAGGAUUUGAGGGGCGCCCAGGAACCCCAGGACCCCCGGGUCCACCUGGCCCUCCAGGACCCCCUUCCUUUCCAGGACCCCAUAGGCAAUCGAUUAGUAUUCCUGGGCCACCGGGGCCGCCAGGACCACCAGGAACUCCAGGCACCAGUGAUGCAUCAUCUUCUGGGCUGCGAAUCUUGCCAACCUAUCAGACCAUGAUGGGCAGAGCUCAUGAGGUGCCAGAAGGACAGCUCCUUUUCAUCCGGGACAGGGAAGAGCUCUACAUCCGUGUCCGCAGUGGUUUCAGGAGAGUCCUUCUUGAGGAAAGAAUAUCCAUCUCUGGCCCUGGGCUGGACAAUGAGGUAUAUGAUAGGCCUCCCAAUGUCCACUACUCCCAUGGAGGAACGGCUUCAUCAUCUGGAUCCCAGCGCCCCUUCCAACAGCAUUUGCCUGUGCAUUCCCACCGAGAAUACAGCGCCUACUCCACUGCCAAGCCCUGGAGAGGGGAUGAGAGUGUGGCCAACCAGCACCGCCUUCCUGAGCAACCCGCCAUCCACCAGCCACACCAGGGAGCCCAGCACCAGCAGGAGCCGCUGAACGCCUUCUUCCUCAACCGCCAGCCUGAUGCCGUCCCUUCUGCUGUCCACACCCACCAUGACUUCCAGCCUGCUCUCCACCUCAUAGCCCUGAACACUCCCCUGAGUGGCAGCAUGCGGGGCAUCCGAGGAGCUGACUUCCAGUGCUUCCAGCAAGCCAGGGAGGUUGGACUGACGGGCACCUUCCGAGCGUUCCUCUCCUCCCGACUGCAAGACCUCUACAGCAUAGUGCGCAGAGCAGACAGGGGCACGGUGCCUAUUGUCAACCUCAGGGAUGAAUUGUUGUUUAAUAAUUGGGAGAACCUUUUCUCCGGCACUGAUGCUCCAUUCAGAACUGGGGUUCGCAUCUUCUCCUUUGACGGAAGGGAUGUCCUGAGAGACUCUGCAUGGCCUCAGAAAUCCGUGUGGCACGGCUCUGACUCCAAGGGACGGCGGCUAACAGAGAGCUACUGUGAGACCUGGCGGACAGACGACACGGUGGUGACAGGGCAGGCUUCCUCGCUGGCGUCGGGCAAGCUGCUUGAGCAGAAGAGCAGCAGCUGCAAGAAUGCCUUCAUCGUCCUCUGCAUUGAAAACAGCUUCAUGACUUCUUCCAAGAAAUAAAAAACGGCACACAACAAAAGCACUGGCUGCAAGUGGAGGAAGGGAACCCAAAUGUUUUCCCUUAAGGAACAGGGGAAAUGGGCAAGCGCUUCCCACUCCCCACCCCCCACCCCCACCAGGAUCAUGUGCCCAAGCAGUUCCGCAAUAUAUCAGUCAAGCAGAUGAAUGAGUGACAAAGCCAAAGAGUGUCUUCCAGCGCAGCUCUGGUGCUGAAUGUUUUGUGUCUUUCCUCCUGGCGUGGCUGCUGUGAAUCAUACCUGCCUGCUGGAGGGGCUGGAGCAGAACAGGCUUGUGUGCAAGGCAAUCUCCAGGCAAGUGUGGUACACGGAGCAGUUAACUCUCUCUCUCUCUCUCUCUAAUCCUGCUCAUGUUUAACCCUUGAAUUGUUUGUGUGUGUUAAGCUUCCCUGUUUGCCUCUCUCCCCCCCUUCCACUCAGGUGGCCCCUUAAAAAAGCCAAGGCCAUGUUGGGAUAGGUCAGAAAGUCUAUUUAUUGUGGCUGAUUUAACAUAAGGUAGCCCUCAAACAGCAGCUUCCCCCUUACUGUCAGUGUAGCGCUGCAGGUGUUUCUGCAUUACACAACCCAAUAACUUGGCACUGCCUGCCUUAUAGUGGGGACAUGGUGCUAAAUAAUACAAGCUUAGACCCUGCUGGACAGUGCAUAAUCAUCAAAAUUAAGAUUUCUGUAAACACUGAGGUGGCUUUUCUGUUGUGUGCCCAGAAUAGUAUCAAGGGGGGGGGGAUCCUGCCAAAGAGACCAGGAAUUUGAUUGUCUCUCCCCCCACCCCCCGAGAGUAAUAUAUGGGCUUGCAGAAAAUACACUCCCUUAUCUCUGCUUGACUCACCAACUGGCAUAAUGCCUUAUUAUUUCCAAACAUAGAUGCAAACAACACUCUUCAUAGCUGGUUGCAAUUUUUGCUGCAGAGUUGACAGUAUCCUUUGCUGAGACAUGUCCAGGGCAGUGAGACUGAACCUUCAAGCCUUGCUAUGGCAGAGUUCUCUCCUUUGCUUCUUCCCCCACCCAGCCCUUUCACAUUGUCUAGCUCUAAAAGAGAACUAGAGGUGUUAGCAGCCUCCUAAGUGACUUUUGCCUCAGCCAGUCUCCUUACAGGCCAUAAUGGAAGAAGAAACUGCUUGCCGUUGUAACAAUCAGUAUUUGGAUUUGUGGGUUUGUUUGUUUUUUUACAUUUUUAUACUUGCCCUGCCUUCCUCCAUUCUCCAUAGAGGAUGCCUCUACUAGCCAUAUUCAAAGAGAACAGGUUAGUCAGUGCAAAAGAGGCAGGCCCUCCUGGCUGAAGCCUUGGGGGGUCAUGCCAGCUCUCAGAAACCCUCUGUUGCUUUAACCUAUCUGAAGUGUGACCAAAGCCCAGUGGUGCAGAACCUAUGCUUUGCAUGCAGAAGGACCCAGGUUCAAGUCCUGGCACCUCCACUGUAAAGUAACAGGUGAGGUGAAAGUGUCCUACCUGAGACCCUGAAGAACAGAUGGACCUAUAGCGAGCUGUGUUUGCAGCAGAUGAUCAGAUUUACAAUCCUCCAGCCAGGAAUGUUCUCCUAAAUAUCUCAGAUCUGGAAUCUGUUAUUAGCAACUGCUCCAAAAUAAGAGAUAAUACAAAAUUUAAGCAAUUAAGAACCAUCUCUGUCCAGUAUCGACCCCUUUCAUUUCUCUCCUCUGUUCCCAAUACACUGUGGCAGGAACCACCAGAACCAAGCCAUUUCUAAUAGCUGUAUUUUCCAGCAUUUCUUCUGCCGCAUCAGAGCAGAAUGGCACUCUGCUGACCUUUUCGAGGGGGAAGGACUAGAGUUCACACUAGUCACUGUCUGUUAGUGUGUGUCACCCAAGCACAGGUAGGCAAGCAGUAUUUUGCCAUUUUAGCGCUGAAUGCAGAGUGAAGGAAGCCAUGCUUAUGGGCUUAACUGUGACUGAGCUUCUGGUACCUCUCCCCCAUCACAGCCCUUCCACUUCAGUGCCAGAAGCCUUGGCCAGGCAGAUGAUUGCUGUGUAUCAGUUCUGUUUUAAACACAUUAAUGUCUGAGCGUUUGAGUCUGUUUUGACAAACCAAGGUGCUAAAUUUCUACCUAGCUUUCAUUGAUUGUCUUUCUGAAAUUUUAUUACCAGAUGGGGAGGGAGGGAGAGGGAGCCUGUGCAAGUCACACAAUCAGUUUAUUACUGUCUACUGUAUUUUGUGAAAUUUUUAAUGCAAUUUUAAAAGCCUGUGGAUCUCUAUAUCUUUGUCAGUUGUGUGUUGUGUUCUAUAAACUGUUUUCUAAAGGCACUGAAUAAAGGAAAGUAUCCUCUUGU